AUGCCCGCGCCCACUCAUCCUUUCCGAAAUACAGAAAGCCUUCUCGUUGUCAUUCCGGACGAUGGAAUUGACGUCGAAGCAGAAGCACGAUUGUACGAUGAGUUGUGUGACGUUCGUUCUCCGCUCUUUCAAUACCGUCCAAAAUACUUAACUGACCACCAUCCAGGAUCAAGUGUCCUUCGCCCAUCCACCCGGCCCAAAUCUCCUCAGGGACCACCCUCUAUUUUCUCGCGCGACAUUUGGCUAAACGACAACUCAGGCACGAGUCUCGCUUUUGCCCGAAAUGUGCAUAUCGCGGGGUGGGACGAGCCUGGUGGAGCUUAUGUCGUGUAUGACUGUGUGAUCCGCACAAAAGAGGGUACUACUAUCCACGCACAUAAGCGGUAUAGCGAUUUCGUGCUGUUGUACGAUGCUCUGAAACAUUCAUUACCUUCACCCGUCAAACAUCAACACAUUCAUCCCAGCCCUCCCCCCGAAAUCCCCUUUUCGCGCUACAGAGCAGCUUUCGUCGAUCGUCGCCGGAGGACAACUACAAUAUGGCUCUCCGCGGUUCUCCUCCACCCCGAGAUUGGUGCAUGUCAGUCUGUAAGGUGGUGGGUUAUGGAUUAG